AAAGAAGAAGAAGAACCUGCCCUGCAUUGCCCCCCGCCAAGAAACACUACAAGAAGAAGAAUCUGUCCUGCAUACAUGUUUGAGAAGUUGCAGCCUGUGGUCGCUAACGUUUGCUCUUAUCAAUAUGCACAGAACAGUGUUGCGGCAUGAGAAGAUUGCGCUUCAGAGAUGCCAGAGCUGUUGUUCUGAUUAUCAUUGCCCGUUCUGCGGACCAAAAGUGUUCAAACCCACCAUGGAACGUCACGUGGUGGAGAAUCAUGUCCGCAACCACUUAUCUUUGGCCGUACAGCAUGAAGAAUUCCUGAUUGUCAAGUGCAACUUUCAGUGUAGAGAACAGGCACACUUUCACUGUUGUUAUUGCCCAAACACGGUUAUAAGGAAAGUUCAGAUUGUAAAACAUUUAGCAUCAUGCAAAAAAAGACAAGCUCCACUUACAGAACCAGCCACUGUUGAGCCAGCUGCAAUCAGUGAACCAACUGUCACCUGUGAACCCGUUGUCCCCAGUGCAUCAGUUGACAUCAAUGAACCAGUUGCCGCGAGUGAACCAAUUGUUCCCAGUGCACCAGUUGCCUUAAAAGAACCAGCUGUGGCUGAAGAAGUCCCCUUGCCUGUUAAAACCCUGCUUAUUCACAAAAAAUUGCGUAUUCAGAAAAAAGUGCAGUGCGAUCACUGCGGCGUAACCGUCAACAAGAAAAAUCUAGAUGUUCAUGUUAAAAGAAAACACACUGGCAAGAUCUGUGAUGAUACAGAAGAUCGUCACCUACCUUCACAGUGCAUCGACCCAGUGAGUGGUAUAUAUGCAGUUGAAAAGUCAUUUCGCAGACCAUGUUCUGUAAUCCACGUACAGAAAAAAACCUCAGGUCCACAUCCAGUUGUCGCAUGUGAAAUGGAUGAAUGCAUUUCAACGAAUUUGCCACUCAAAGUGGCUUUCAGGACUUUGAGUGUAUACAUUUGAAGUCACUGCAGUGCUGUCCAUGGCCCAACAGGAUACCAGUUGUCCUUGAUGAAGAUGUCCUGGUAGACAUGAUAGCCGCAAAUGUGUUUGGGGAACAGACCAAGACAACCUGUGUGGCUGCAAAGGCAGCAGCAAAUGCGGCUGGUGUUCCACUGUCUGUUGAGUUGACUAUUGGAGGUCCUUCUACAAAGAAGUAUAUUUCUGUGUAUGAACCCAAAGUGUCAUACUACAGCAGAUUUGGUAGAAUCAUUGCUUCCUAUGACAGCACUCGCAACACAUGGCAUUGUCCCUGUGCAAAGCCAAGAAGAAAUUGUUUGCACAAAAACAUAGCCAGGUGGCAUCUUUUCCAGCUACACGGGCAGUUGUUUGUAUCAUCACCCAUGAGCCCAGACCUGCACAGGGCCUAGCACAAGAACAUGCUUGUCAGGAAAGUACCAGAUUGGAAUAUCCCCCCAGUGGUGAAGGUCUCAAACAGAUGGUGUAUUACCUGUAGGGGUGUGCGAUUAUAAAUCAUCUGCGAUAAUAUCGUAAUUGUUGUUUUAACGAUGUGCGAUUUGACAUUAAGUAUUUUGCAAAAAUCAUUCAAAACACCCCUACAGAGUGCACGCAUACAUUACGUGAAGUCUGCAUGUGCAUUUAGAGUGCACUGGCUUAGAAAGAUAUAUAUUUAUUAGUGUAACAUACAUAUUUCUUUUCUCUUUAGGGGGCAGUCAUCACAUGCCCCUGUGGAGUUGUGUAUUCGCUGACGUUCCUUACUGAGGCAGAGUCUCUGCGUGACUAUGCAGAUUGUCUUUUAAACAUUUCCCAAAUAUCAAUAUCUAUGACUUUGCAAGGGGCUUAGCCACACACACGAACCUAAGGGAGCCAGAAUGUGUCCCUUUCAGACCUUAUGAGGGACGACUAAGAGCCCACUCCAGAAAAUAUCAAGCUGGCCGUUGAGGGUAAGCUGAAAGUAAACCUCCCUUGGUUGAAGGAAAAGAAGGACAACGUGCACCCAGACUGUCACCCUGUUACAGGUUCAGCUGAACAUUAUGCACUUUACAACCUGUUUCAAGAAAAGAACACAAAAGAUGCUCGAGAUGCACUGUGUAAAAUUCAGACUUGAAUUGGCAGGCUGAGUGAACGGUCAAUGUGCUGAACAGCUUUUUUCUGACAUUAGAAAAAACAAUUACUUCCUCAACACACUUACUCCAUCUGGACACAUUUUCUUGAUGCGAAAAAUACUACAGCAUUAUAACACAAAACGAAAUAAGAAGAUAGAAGAUGGCAUCAGAAAGAUUGUACCACAGAAUGCCCGGUUGCUUUUAGAUGAAAAUGGCCAAAUGUUGGCCUGGGAACCAAUUGUGAACUGGAGGCAACAGUUGUACACUGUUGUCUUUCAUUGAUAUGCCACCUAGCUGGACAGAAGGGAUUAGAUGUCCUUGCUGCGGAUUCCUAUGUAUUGGCAUGUUGGAAUCCACCUCAUUGUGUAGACUUUUGAAUCACUAACAGCAGAUGCAGCACUUAAAGACUGCAUCCUAUUUUCGAUCUGGACACUGGCACUUGUGUGUAAGUUUUGACUGUCAGUUGCCAUCUUUUAGCAUUUUAAAUAGGUUUUGAAGACAGACGUGGUGCAGUUUUUUUUUUUUUUUGUCCUCUCUGAGGAGUGAAUAAGCCGUAGGUUUGUAUAUUCCAACAUGGAAUAUACAAGACCAAUGCUCUGGUCCGUCAACAUUUGAUUGAGUUGCAUAUAUUCACAGGUCAUGAAGCCCAAUCUUAAAAGGAUGUACAUUCUUGAUUCAUCCGACCCUUGUGGUUUUGGGCAGGCGUAUUAUGUGUCCAUGUUCAGGUAUUCUAAUAUUUAGGGACUGUUCUUUGUCCCCUGUUCAGUACAAGGUUUGGGUCUGUUCUUUGUCCCCUGUUCUGUGCAAGGUUUGGGUCUGUUCUUUGUCCCCUGUUCUGUGCAAGGUUUGGGUCUGUUCUUUGUCCCCUGUUCUGUGCAAGGUUUGGGACUGUUCUUUGUCGUCCGCUGUUAAGUGCGAAGUUUUGGAAGUAUUAACUGCUGUUAGUGUACUUUUUAAUGUUUGCUGAUGUGAUGGUCCUUGCUUAAUAAACCAGUCUCAGUCUUUGUUAGAGAUAGUGUUGGAUCCUUUUUAGAAAUGUAGCCAUUCUCACAUUCCAUUUUGAAAUCCCUUCUAUGCCCAAAUCUGUUGAAAUUCAGUAGUUAGCACUAGACGGGUUAUAUAAAGAUUGGGCUUAGGCCUAGUCAACCAAUGAAAGAAUGGCAUGUAGGAGUUGAAUCAGGAUGUAUGUGGAAGUGAAGACCAUCUCUGAGCUUUUUUAUCUGUCUUUAUUUAUUUUUUUACUUUUAUUGUGAUUGCUUUCUGCAUGUAUAUGCUUUCCCUCUGUAACAGUAGACAACAUGCAGCACAUGUCAAACUUGCUACUGCAACCCAAUUAGCGGGUUGUCAGAAUCAGACCUUUAGAGCUGGGUUGUACGUUUAACUUUUUUUUUUUUUUAAAGAAGUUUUAACUGUGUAUCUGUUCUCUUUUGAAGCAUGAUCGCAACAAAAUUGGUUGCUGGAAACUGGCAGCUCAUUAAAAACAAGGCACAUAGAACUCCGCAUUCAUUCAACACUGUUUUCUGACAACUGUAAUCAAUACAAAAUUUAUAUAGUAAGUUUUGGAUUUUUGCCAGGAUAUUCCAUCGCAGAGAGACAGCUUGGACUGGAGCGUUCAUGCUAACGUUGCCAGCAUCUGUUCUGGAGGACAUGUUGGUUGAUGCGGUUCACAAGGAGGGUGACGAGGCAAUUCUGAUGCUGGCCCUGGUGUGUACUCGCUUCAGAAACCUUGUGACACGGGAAGCCUUCAGGAGACGAGCCCAUUUUCUUUGGUUUGACAGUGUCACAAAUUGGACUGCUUUCUCCACAUACUACAAGGCGGAGUACUAAAAAAGUACAGACUGGAAACUUGUAUGCAGUGUGGAGACAUUCAAAAAUUGCGUUCCAGGAUAUGUAGGUCGAGGAAGAAGGGGGGAACUCAUAAACAUUAUUAGUGAAGACCCAGACUUCUGCAGCGAGUUCUGCCAAAUCUGUGCUGACCUUAUUUGAGUGUUGUGUGCAUAAUGUAGUGCCAUAGAUGCAAACUCCUCACCUUUCAGGGACAACUCACUUUGUUGAGGUCAAAAUAGGUCACCUAUGAGAUUUGCUUAGCUCCAAUGAGAAAGUGUUUUUAUGAGAGAGGGGGGGGGGGUCUUACAAGGG